AUGGAAAGCAUAUACAAAGCAGACCCCAACUUGGUGGUCGAACCUGCCUACUAUUCCAAUGGGGUUCCUGUCUUCGAACCCACCAUGGACCAAUUUAGAGACUUUUACCUGUACAAUAAGGCUAUCAACCCGUAUGGUAUGAAAUCAGGGAUUGUUAAAGUUGUGCCACCACCAGAAUGGACAUCCCUGCUCAAAGGUACAUAUAACGAAGAGAAUCUACUGCAAGUGAAGAUUAGAAACCCCAUUGUGCAAAAUAUCAAUGUGACGGCUGGAUACCUGGGGGUAUUUUCACUGCAGAAUGUGGAGCGUCAGAGGAGCUACAAUAUCUUUCAAUGGAAGGAAUUACUGAAAAAGCACAACCAUAGUCCCCCUGCACGCCGUAAAAGCAGAGGUAGAGGCAGUUCGCUGCCGGCGCCUGACGAAAAGGUGGAAACUAAGGAAGAAGACAGGGCCAGAACAAGUAAAGGUGGAUCCACGAGAGAGAUUGCCGACAAAUUGCUCGAUGCAGAUUUCAAUAUUGAUGCAAGCGAUUUUACUCCAGAGAGAUGCAGUGAGCUUGAAGCUGCGUAUUGGAAGUCGGUAGGCUAUUCAGAGCCUAUGUAUGGUGCUGAUAUGUUAGGAUCACUUUUCUUGGAUAGAACUACAAGCUGGAACGUUGCUCACCUUCCUAACGUUCUAGAUUUGAUGGAGGAAAAGAUUCCUGGUGUCAAUGAUGCUUACCUAUAUGCUGGUCUUUGGAAAGCGACCUUUUCAUGGCACUUGGAGGACCAAGACCUAUACUCGAUCAAUUACCUUCAUUUCGGAGCUCCCAAACAAUGGUACUCAAUCCCACAAGAAGAGAGUGGAAAAUUCUACGAUCUUAUGAAAGAAAUAUUCAACGAGGAUUACAAGAACUGCCAUGAGUUCCUCAGACACAAGACAUUCAUGGCAUCUCCUCAAUUCUUGCAGAAACAUGGCAUAACGUGCAACAGUGUUGUCCACCAUCAAGGUGAAUUCAUGAUAACGUAUCCCUACGGCUACCACUCUGGAUAUAACUUGGGCUACAAUCUCGCCGAGUCUGUUAACUUCGCGUUAGACGACUGGUUCCCUUUUGCAGAGAAGACUCAGAAAUGUGAAUGUAUCUCCGAUUCUGUCGGCAUCAAUUACAAGCAGAUAUAUUGCAAGUUCAAGGGUAUCCCCUAUACUUCCGAGCAGCCAGAGCCUGUGGAGAAGCAGGAAGUUGUUACCAGAGAAGUCGAAGAGCAUCACACGCCAAAGAAACCGUCGCCACGCAAACGCGAGAAGAAAGUUGAACCUAAGUCUCAAUGUGUUCUUUGUCCUAACACCUUACCCGAGGAUCUUCUUACGUAUCAUGAAUUCGAGCUCUUAGGGGCGGACAAUACUGGUGGUGCUGAUUCUAAGCAUGCGCAUCGCAUAUGUGCUCAGCAGUUUAAAGAUCAACUCAAUAUCCAUGGCAAGAAGGUUAAUGGACUUCUGUCAAUAAGCAAGGCUCAGCGUGGGCUCAAAUGCCAGGUAUGUCACGUUCCUAACCUGACACUGGGUGGAGACUUGAAGGGAGCAUGCUUUCAGUGUUCUCAUAAGAAGUGUACCAGAGCAUUCCACGCUACCUGUGCAAUUUCAGGUGGAGUCGUGAUGGAUCCCGCUCUUUGUAAGAUGCACAGACAGUCAUCCUCUCCAUAUUAUGAACGAGGAUCACUGGAUCUUCAAAAGAAGAUGGAGCAGAUCAAGGAGGACUCUAUCAUACAGUUCACCUUCACCAACCAAACUCGCCGGAGACAUUCUGGAGACGUCUAUGCUGGGCUUGUGCAAAGAAACAACGUCAAAGAAUCAACAAUAGAGAUCCUAGUCUACCCGAACCUUCGGGAUAAGGUAGAAUUACAGUAUGAUGACAUACUUAUUGGCUCGUCACCAAAAUUCGAUAACCAACAAUUAAUGGCUAUGCGCAAAAAGGCUACGACAGUACGGAGAAGAGCCUCUGAGCCAGCCAACCGAAAGAGAAAAAGGUCGUCGGACCAAGAAGUUACAGAUGAGCUGCUGGCCGGCCCUAUCUCGCCCACGGAAGCUGAACUUACCCUUCCACUCAAGUUCGGGAAGUUCCAGCCCGCAUUAUUUAACUCGCAGUAUGAAACAAGGCUGCAACAGAACCCUCAAAUGGUGUUUAUCAACCAGACAUCACAACGAACACACAGUCCCUUCCCUGAGCCUCGCGGCUUGAGGUUCGUCGAAGAGACAUUUAAUGACCACUAA